AUGGGCUGUAUCAAUUCCAAACCCGCCGAGGCGGACAAGGAAGCUCUGUCGCGCAAUGCCCGUAUAGAACGGACCCUCAAGAAUGACAAGAAGACAUUGGAUCGGACGAUCAAGAUUCUGCUGCUGGGUGCGGGAGAGUCUGGAAAGUCAACCAUUAUCAAGCAAAUGCGAAUCAUUCACAGCGGAGGUUUCCCCGACGAAGAGCGCCACCAAACGCGAGCGGUCAUCUACUCGAAUAUUGUUAUCGCCUUCAAGGUUUUGUUGGAUAUCAUGAAAUCUGAAGGUAUUGACUUUGAGCAUGAAAGCACAAAGCCAUUGGCACAACUAUUAGAAAGUACCGAGCCGGACGUAGGGUCAGACGAGGCCUUCUCCGACCUCCAGGUCCGUGAUGCGAUGAGGGGGAUGUGGAGCGAUGCGGGCGUCCAAAAGGCCGUGGCUCGUGGCCAUGAAUUCGCCCUUCACGAUAACCUGUGCUUCUUUUACGAUUCCUUGGAUCGCAUUUUCACGCCCAAUUGGCUUCCUGAUAACCAGGACAUGCUCCAAGCGCGACUUCGAACAACAGGAAUUACGGAGACCCUGUUUGAACUGGGCCAGAUGAACUUUCGUAUGAUGGAUGUUGGUGGACAGCGGUCAGAACGGAAGAAGUGGAUCCAUUGCUUCGAGGGCGUACAGUGCUUGUUGUUCAUGGUUGCAUUGUCUGGUUACGACCAGUGCCUGGUUGAAGAUCAAAACGCGAACCAAAUGCACGAAGCCAUGAUGCUCUUUGAGUCGCUCGUCAAUGGCGAGUGGUUCAAGCGCAAGCCCAUCAUCCUUUUCCUUAAUAAGAUGGAUCUGUUCAGGGGAAAACUCGAAAUUUCCUCUAUCUCGAAACACUUCCCAGAUUACACAGGCUCUAACACCGAUUUUGAUGCCGCGGUACGAUACUUCUCAGACCGAUUCCGUGGUAUCAACCGCAUUCCCGAUCGCGAGAUCUACAUCCACCGGACCAAUGCCACGGACACGACCUUGCUCAAGGCGACCAUGGAUUCGGUACAGGACAUGAUCAUCCAGAAAAAUCUACAUACCUUGAUACUAUAA